UUACGCUCCUUUCCAGCAGGCGGCGGCAGUGCGCCGAGACGUCAUUUAAUAAACCAAGAAGAAGUCGACAUGAGGAGCAUGGAGAAUAGCUACAGCUGAGGGAUUCUUGACCUUUCUAACCUAUUACUUUAGCUUGGUUUCCGGUUCAGUAAAGCUGAGCAAAAUGUCAGGUAAAACGGGUUCAGUCCAUGCCAAAUGGAUCAUCGGUAAAGUAAUUGGGACCAAGAUGCAGAAAACUGCAAAAGUGAGAGUGACAAGACUGCUCCUGGACCCCUAUCUGCUGAAGUACUACAACAAAAGAAAGACCUACUUUGCCCAUGAUGCUUUGCAGCAGUGCACUGUGGGAGAUAUCGUCCUCCUCAAGGCUCUACCUGAGGCAAGAUCCAAACACGUGAAGCAUGAACUUUCUGAGAUUGUGUACAAAGUGGGCCGGACGGUCGAUCCUCUGACGGGAAAAAGUGUUGCAGGAACAGAGUUUGUGGAACCUCUGUCUGACCUUCUGCUUGAAGAGAAGACUUCACUUUCAGAAAAACUGAAAGAGCUCAACAUCUCAGCAGCAACCCCAUCUGUACAAACUCCCACUUUAUGACAGAAAACAGUUUUCUUUAAUGCCACUCUGUAAUGUUUUUGCUUCAAGAGUUAAUAAAAAUACAAGUUGUCUGUGCAACAAAAAUGUGCAUGUAAUUUACACCUACUCUAAUAGAUUGAUUUCCAGAAUACAAAUCUUAUUUUACAAUGUGUCAGGAUUUCCGGGAGGUCUUAAAAGUCUUACAUUUAUCUCAAUGUUGGGACUUCUUAAGACUGAACCACAGACAAGUUAUUUAUUAGUGUUGCAACAUCAAUUUAAUGUAUUGCGUAGUCUGAUGUACUGAAAACUUUUGAACACGUGACUGACUCAGAGGGUAAUUUACAUAUUAAAACAACAUAAAAAUA